GACAAGCCUCACCCAAACCAAGUUUUCUUACCUUCACAGACAUUACAUUCAACGUCAAGCACGCCGCUGAACUAGCGCUUGCAAAACGAACACACCCGGGACGUGUGCAGCGGCUGCUGCAGGGUGUAGGCAGCUUAGGGUAGGCCUGCUACUAUCACGUUUAAGCCGCAGCGUUUAUGAGCUGUGAAUGCUAGCUUAUCUCGGUCUGCAGCGCAAAAGUCUUCUUGAAUCGUCCGUUUCCUUCCUGUCAGCCAUGUUCUACCGCACUGCCACGGCGUCUCAGCAGACAGUGGCAUCUGGACGGCAAAGCAGCGUGUUGCACCGACUCGCUCCGCAGCUGCUGGCCGCCCGCCCGAGCAUCUCGCAGCAGCACCACCUGAACGCGGCGUCCCCGGCCCAAUGGAGCUCAGCAAACAGGAGUGCGGCACUCCUAGGGUUGACACGCGCGGGCUCGUUGCUGGCCAUGUCUUGCCUUGCUGACGAAGCGAUGGCAGCGUCAUACACGGAAGAGCCCGCGGUUGCUACGUCAAGCUUUGCCGCGGCGUCGGCGGUGGCGACGCAACUACCAGCUGAGGGGAACGGGAAGCCCGCGAGCACUGGGCCGAUGCUGCUGGCGUCGGGUGCGUUCGUGCUGCCGCACCCGGACAAGGUGGCCAAAGGCGGCGAGGACUGGUACUUCAUCGCGGCCAACCACCGCGCAGUGGGGGUGGCGGACGGCGUCGGGGGCUGGUCCGAGGUGGGCGUUGACGCCGGUGCGUACGCGCGGCAGCUGAUGGGCAACGCUGCCGUUGUGGCGGACGAGUCCACGGCGUCGGCGCCGGACGCGCAGGUGGAGUUGUCGGCGCAGGAGAUCCUGGAGCGCGCCUACAGCCAGACCACCGUGCGCGGCAGCUCCACGGCCUGCGUGGCGGUGCUUAACGGCGACAGCCUGGGGGUCUCCAACCUGGGCGACUCGGGGCUGCUCAUACUGCGAGCGGGCAAGGUGGCCUUCCACACGCCCCAGCAGCAGCACGGCUUCAACUUCCCCUACCAGAUCGGCAGCGCCGACUCCAUGAGUGACUCGCCCUCCUCCGCGCAGCGCUUCGAGGUGGCGGUGCAGCCGGGAGACCUGCUGGUGCUGGGCACGGACGGGCUGUGGGACAACUGCUUUGACGAGGAGGUGGCCAGUGUGCUCAAGUACUGCGGCGAGCAGAAGAUGGAGGUGGCCAAGAUGGCGCAGGUGCUGGCGCACUACGCCCGCCACCGCGCCUCCGACUCAAAGUUCGCGUCGCCCUUCGCCUACGCCGCGUUCCAGGCGGGCUACGCCUACAUGGGCGGCAAGAUGGAUGACAUCACAGUGGUCAUCUGUCAAGUGCAGCAGCCCGCCAAGCUGUGAGCUGCAGGCCGCAAUGCCGAGUGAGCGGGCGGCUGCGCGGAGUACGGAUGCAGCAGCCGCACCAUGCGCGCCGAUGGGAGUAGGGGCAAUAGCAGCAGCCUGCGGGGCAUAAAGCGCUGGCGGCCAUCACGGGAUGAGUGUUGGGCGAGUGCAGCGAGAGGGGUAUGAUGGCAACAGCGAGAGUGCUGGGUGGCAUAAACAGGGCUUGGAAGGGCGGUCGAGAGCAAGCGAGUUCGAGAGCGCGUGCGGGCGUAUGGUCUGGCCGAGCAGGUUUUGCAUGGCUGCCACCACGGGUGUCUACUCCCAAGCGCGAAGGGUUCCAAGCUGGCUUGGCUUGCCUAAGUGCCUUUGCUCACAGCGCAUUACACCUUUGUUGCACGAUACGCGCGGCCUGCAGCGUCAUGUUGGUGAUGUUCGUGUGUGGUUUGUGAGUGGUUAUGUGGCGAUAUAGAAGGGGAGGCUUGGCUGACUUGGCGGAUGUAGAUGACGCGGGGGAGGCGCGGGCGGAGGCGCAGAGAUGUGCGACAUCGUGCAGCAGCCUAGCAGCUGUGACACAUGGCCUCUUUUGGUGCUUACUGUAUGCCGCCGUGUAUGUGCGCGUAUGCCUGUGGAAACCAUGGAAAGCGUGGAGGGUGGUUAACGAGGCAAAGGCAACGGCGGGGCAUCACUGACUCACUCCAAGACGGCUUGUGCGCCUGGUACCGUACUAUGCGACUGUAUACUACGCCGCAACCGUACAGCAGCGUGGAGGCAAGCACACAGAUGCGUUUUGAAGGGGCCGGCUCAUCAGAGCUUUGUGCAUUUGUUAUCAUAUGUGGGUCCCCAGAUACUUGUUGUCAACGCCGCGGCACACGGCCGUGAUGCGACACGACACUCUCGAGCAGUAUGGAACUGGGCGGGAAUGCUUGCGACGGUGUCGGCGGGAGGUGACAGCGGCUGCAUUGCGGCGGUUUUAGUAUCAUAGUGUGUGCGGUGCUGUGGAUGAAGAGGGAGGGCUGUCGGUGGUAGGGGGAGGAAACGCAAGGCACGCCAUGAGAGGACAUCGGGAAAGUGUUCAUGCGCUUCCUGUUCCGUCCUGGUAGGUUGGGUGUUCGUGUGUUGACAGGCUGAAGAAGCAAGGUAGGUUGACGCAGGCGCGGCAGGGAUGGGGAGCGUUUGUUGCUGGGUGGUUGUGCCGUUGGCUGCAAACAGUGAGGACUCUCCAUGUGCCGUCCUGCGACCGCUACGCGACGGGCAGACCUUGGAGACUGCCAGGCGGCGCGUGAUUGGCCUUGCAGGUCUUCCCUUCAACCCACGUGUGGUCACUCGUCCUGCGAUGUAACUGGUGGAAAUG